AGGUGUUUAUUGGAAAGCUACAGGACAUGAAUUCACACCGGCCAAAAGUGUGCCGCAUUUGUCGUGCACCGGACAAUGACGACCUGAUCUCGGUUCGGCUGAUCCAGGACCACAUCACCAUCGCUCGGAUGGUGGAGGAACUCACCGGGAUACAGGUGAUGCAGGACAAACAUCUCCCGCAAAACAUUUGCCUCCAGUGCCUGGAACGGCUGCGGAACGCGCACCAACUUCGCCAGCAGUGCAUCGAAUCGGACCGACUGCUGAGAGAAGAACUUGGUCCAGGAGAAAGAAAACGUAACGAUGACACGGUAAAGUUGGAAAUCGUAGCCUUGGAUGAGCAACCGGGACGAGAGGAAGCUGUUCAGGAAGUCUCAAUGCCAGGUGAUAUGGAAUCAGCUGAAAAAGUGGAUCUAGAUAUCAUAGUAGAGGAGACAGAAGAAGAAUCAUUAGGAGGAGUAGCGGAGGAACGAGAGGGUAACAAACUGGCAGCUGCACAAGAGCUGAUAGAUAUUCUGGCUCCAGAGGAGAACGUUGGUGUCACAAAUCAGGCAUUGUCAUAUUUGCAUGACUACGAUGAGAACGAUUACGAAGUGUUGCUGGAAAGUGAGUAUUUCGAUUAUGUCAGGUUUACUGCAGCGAUUUGCUGUGGUUGUGCGGAGCGAUUUGAAGAUAGAGAGGAUCUGAUGCUACAUGGCUUGACUGUUCAUCAAUCUGAAACGAAACGCUAUCGAGAGACGGAGAACAAGGAAUGUCCAGUUUGUUACGAUCAAUUUUUAAACUUGGAUGCUCUUUCGUUUCACCAAAACCGUAUCGGUUUAGAACUGUAUCAUUGCCACGAAUGCGGCUUACUGUUGGAGAAUCGGGAGCAUUUGGUUUACCAUCUGGAAACAGUUCACUCAAUCGUCGAAGAAUUGACUCAAGAAGGCAACGAGGAGACGAUCGACGAGGACACGAAAAGCAAUCGCGGUCUGGCUAGAACAUUGGUGGAUUUCAGUGAAGAUCAGUACCGAUUGCUGGUGACGGAUGAGGACUACGACUUGAUAGAAUUUCUCUGGCUUCAAUGCUGCGGUUGUGAAAGAUUAUUCGAACAUAGAGAGGAAUUUGAGGCUCAUUCAAAGGAACACCAUCUACCUAAGCGAAAACCGCAAGACGAACAAAAUCCGUUUGAAUGCAGUAUAUGCUAUGAGAGAUUUUCCAAAAAAGCAUCGCUAACGUUCCACCGAAAUAAGCCCACCAAACGACGGAUGGUUUGCCGGGUUUGUGAAGGCAUUUUCGAAGGGAGGAGCGCCAUACAAAAGCAUAUGGUGGAUUGCCAUAAAAUGGUCGCCGAGAAGGAUGAUUUCGAGGAUAUUAAGCCUGUAAUAGAAGAAGAUAUGGAAGUUGAUGAAUACGACCACAUAGUGGAGGAAGAGUGCAAAAGUGAUGCCUACAGCGUUCAAGGGAUUGAAUUCAUAGAGGAAGCACUGACUGAAGACGAUCAAGAUAUUGCUUCAACCGAUGACGAUGAGGAACCCAAAUCCGACGAAGAUGACGAGGACGAAAUCGUUCAUCCUAAGGACAGUAGCAAAUACGUGUCCACUCGCCAGCGCAAACAGAUGGCAUUGAUCCCGGGGAAUUUCGUACGCAUUGCGGCGGAGUACGAUGGAUACAACAUUGUAGAAAUAACUAAAGAGCGUUGCUGCGCUUGUCUGAAGUUCUUCGAUUCCCUCCAGGAACUGGACGAACACGCCAAGGAACAUCAGAUGGAAUCGUUGACACUGGAACAGAACAAUCCGGGGAAAAAGUCGAUAAGCUACGGAUGCGAGUACUGUUUGAAAAAGUUCGACAUUGCCAUGAUCUAUGUGGUUCAUAAACGUAUUCGCGAGCAGAAGCAAUUCUACCAGUGUCGGUUGUGUGAUUUUGUGAUCGAAUCCGAAUCACGACUGAAAAACCACAUGCUCUACAACGAUCAGCAUGCAAAGUUCUUCAACCUUAUCCGGGAGGAUGUCAGUGAUCGGUACGACACGGUCCAGCUGCCCGGUUUCCAGUGCUGUGGCUGUGGGGCUCACUUUGAAGAUGAAUCGGCGCUGAGCGAACAUUCCCAGAAGGAUCAUCCAAGAGAUCCGAAAAAAGACACCGUCAAACGGAAGUACGCUUGUGACAUCUGUGAUAGGCGAUUCAACAACGCCGGAGAAGUGACCACCCACCAGGCGAGGAAAGGUUGCCCCAUAAGGCACUGCUGCAAGUUGUGCGACUUCCAAACCCAGAGCAAUGCCCGAAUGCUGAAACAUCUGUACAGCAAAAUCCACAACGAAUCCUUACCGGCGAUCGAAGUUCAACCCAUCGAAGUGCGCGCCAACCGGCUGGGUUCCGUUCGGUACUGCUGCUUCGACGAAUGCAACGCUUUUGCGUUCCCGAACUUUGCCCAGCUCUCGACGCACGUGCAACAACGGCACCAAUCCGAGCGGGAAGCUAACGAAGCCAUGGCCGAAGCUGAAGACGAUAUCCUACCCACCGGACGACGAUGGCAGUGCGAUUGCUGCGGGCGGGUGUUUCGAACCGGUGCGAUUCUCAAGCAGCAUCAGUUCGCCCACCGAGUGCCGAAGAGUUUCGUGUGUGCCGUUUGCGGGGAGGCCAAGGCGAACAAGGCGGCCUUGACGGUGCACGAGAUGAAGCACACUGGGGAGCGACCGCAUGCCUGCGAUAUGUGCGAUAAGCGCUUCACCUCCAAAACCAUCCUGAACUCGCACAUGAAGUGCCACCUGCCCAAGCAGCACCAGUGCCCCGACUGUGGCGAGAAGUUUGCCCGAGGUGAGAACCUAAAGCGACACAUCCGCCAUCGUCACUCGGAGGCCACAUUCAGUUGCAGCUUCUGUGCCCGGAAGUCGAAAACGCGCGAAGCCCAGAUCCAGCAUGAGCGGUCGCACACCGGCGAGAAGCCGUUCCAGUGUCGAACGGAGGGCUGCAGCAAGCGGUACGGCAGCAUUACCGAUCGGCGCCGGCACGAGAUGGCUAGCCACACGGGUGAACGACCGCACCGGUGUUCGUUCUGUGCGACGUCGUUCGUGCGGAAACGACAGCUAACCAUACACGAGCGGAAGCACACCGGAGAGCGGCCGUUUGCGUGCGAGCAGUGCGGAAAGGGUUUCAAAGAUGCGCCGCUGUUGAAGAAACACGUUUGUUCGCAGUAAGCUUGGAUUGUGUGUACGGUAAGUGAAUAUUUUUAUUCACAGACAUCACGAUACAUUUUUAUGUAUAAGAAAUGUACAUAUAGCUCGAAUAAAAUAUUGAAAAAUA